UCAGCAUAUAUAUGUGUAAGAGAAUGAGAUCACGCAUACAUAUUUAGAUACAGAGAUCUUCCUCUUCACAUAAUUCCCUCUGGUUUCCUCUGUUUUAGUAACUCUCUCUCUCUCUAGAAUUCUUGAAGACCGCAGAGAUAAAACGAUUGGAAUUAACAAAAAUGGGGAUUGGGAAUUACAACGACGAAAGCAUUCACGAUCAAAAGAGCAUUUUCUUGCCCAUGUUUUGCCGCUUAUCCAUCAAAGACGUCAAGCUAAACACAGUUCCCAUCUCCGCCGCCGCCGCCGCCGCCGAGCCUUCCUCCCCCAGAGUCAGCUGCAUGGGCCAGGUCAAGCGGAACAGCCGCGUCACCGGCUACCCCUCCGCCACCGCCGCCGCCGCCGCCAUCAUCUCCACCGCCCACCACCACAAACACCACUCCAAGCCCAGAAAAACACACUACUUCUCCACCAAAACCCUACUUCCGGCCACCGCCGCCGCCUCCGCCGGCCGGAAAAGUGGGAGCAGAAGCUGCCGGAGCAACCGGGAAAUAUGUGCGCGAGAUUCAAGAAGAUCGGUGGCGAAGACUUGUAACUACGAUCAAGAUUGUAGUGUGAAGGCGGCGGCGCUGGAUAUUAGCAAGAUGGAUCCGCCGCUGCCGGUGGUGAAGAGGGAGGCGCCGCCCCGCGAUGAGGUGAAUUUGUGGAAGAGGAGAUUUGAUGGUGUGAAGAGCAUGCAUAAUAUCGAACCGAUUCAUUUGCCGGCCAAGAAAUUUCAACCGCCGCCGACGACAGUAUGAUAUAUACAUAUAGGCAGGAAUUAAAUCGUACUUAUUCAUCGAUCAAUGCCAAUGGAUCGAAUAAUUUAGUUUGCAGAUGUUAAUGUAAAUGAAUUCAAAAGAAUACUAUAGAUUUUUUUUUUCUUUAUUCUUUUGUUCUUUUUUCUUCUUUUUCUUGCUUUUUUUAACAGAACGGUUUUUGACAGUGAUAGUCGGGGUUUGAUGUUUGGGUUCAAAAUUAAGGUUGUCCCACAUUUUGAAGAAUAUUGGGGAUUUUAUUCCAUUUUCGUGUAUUUCUGAUUGUUUUAGUGUUUAUUUUCUAAAUAAUAUUAAUACUAGUUUAUGUC